GCUUCCCUCCUUCGUCCUAGUGCGCACGCACAGCUCCGCCCCCGCCCCUUCGGCGCUCGGGAGGCCGAGUCCGCACGAAGAUGGCGGCGCCGCUCGUCCCCCUCUCGCAGCAGAUUCCCAGUGGAAACCCGUUAUACGAAUCUUACUACAAGCAGGUGGACCCUUCCUACACAGGGAGAGUUGGGGCCAGCGAGGCUGCGCUUUUUCUGAAGAAGUCGGGGCUCUCUGACAUCAUCCUGGGGAAGAUAUGGGACUUGGCAGACCCCGAAGGUAAAGGGUUCUUGGACAAACAGGGCUUCUAUGUUGCGCUGAGAUUGGUGGCCUGUGCACAGAGUGGCCACGAAGUCAGCUUGAGCAAUCUGAGCCUUACCAUGCCACCACCGAAAUUUCAUGACACCAGCAGCCCACUGAUGGCCACACAACCGUCUACAGAGACCCACUGGGCUGUGCGGGUGGAAGAAAAGGCCAAGUUUGAUGGCAUCUUUGAAAGCCUUCUGCCAGUCAAUGGUCUGCUCUCUGGAGACAAGGUCAAGCCAGUCCUCAUGAACUCGAAACUCCCUCUGGAUGUGCUGGGCAGGGUCUGGGACCUCAGUGACAUUGACAAAGAUGGACAUCUGGACCGAGAUGAAUUUGCUGUGGCCAUGCACUUGGUGUACCGCGCCUUGGAGAAGGAGCCAGUGCCCUCCGUCCUGCCCCCAUCCCUCAUCCCACCCUCCAAGAAGAAGAAGACGGUGUUCGCAGGUGCUGUGCCCGUCCUGCCUGCCAGCCCUCCACCCAAGGACAGCCUCCGCUCCACGCCGUCCCACGGCAGCGUCAGCAGCCUCAACAGCACAGGCAGCCUGUCCCCAAAGCACGGCGUCAAGCAGACUCAGCCACCAGUGGCCUGGGUGGUGCCUGUGGCAGAUAAGAUACGCUUUGAUGAGAUCUUCUUGAAGACUGACCUGGACCUUGAUGGCUACGUGAGUGGCCAGGAAGUGAAGGAGAUCUUCAUGCACUCGGGCCUCACACAGAACCUUCUGGCACACAUUUGGGCCCUGGCCGACACGAGACAAACAGGGAAGUUAAGCAAAGAGCAAUUCGCGCUGGCUAUGUAUUUCAUCCAGCAGAAGGUCAGUAAAGGCAUCGACCCUCCUCAAGUCCUGUCGCCUGACAUGGUGCCGCCCUCGGAGAGAGGCACUCCCAUUCCGGAUAGCUCAAGUGCUCUCGGGUCAGGGGAGUUCACUGGUGUGAAAGAGCUGGAUGACAUUAGCCAGGAGAUUGCUCAGUUGCAGAGAGAGAAGUACUCGCUGGAACAGGACAUCAGAGACAAGGAAGAGGCCAUCAGACAGAAAAGCAGCGAAGUGCAGGAGCUACAAAAUGACCUGGACAGGGAAACCAGCAGUUUGCAGGAGCUCGAGGCUCAGAAGCAGGAUGCCCAGGACCGCCUGGAUGAGAUGGACCAGCAGAAAGCCAAGUUGCGGGACAUGCUGAGUGACGUGCGUCAGAAAUGCCAGGAUGAGACCCAGAUGAUCUCAUCAUUGAAAACCCAGAUUCAGUCUCAGGAGUCAGACUUGAAGUCCCAGGAAGACGACCUCAACCGGGCCAAGUCAGAGCUGAAUCGGCUGCAGCAGGAGGAGACACAGCUUGAGCAGAGCAUCCAAGCUGGGCGUGCCCAGCUGGAGACCAUCCUCAAGUCCUUGAAGUCCACGCAGGAUGAGAUCAACCAGGCGAGAAGCAAGCUAUCACAGCUGCAGGAGAGCCGCCUAGAAGCUCACCGGAGCCUGGAACAGUAUGACCAGGUGCCUGAUGGGGUCUCUGGCACCAACCUGCCUGACCUGGCCACCCUGAGCGAAGGCGUCUUGCUGGCAGAGAGGGGCGGCUUUGGAGCCAUGGUAAAGGUCGAGACGAUCCUUUCAAAAACAAAGCCUUACUGUUUAGCAACAACUCCCAAGACCUGCAUCCAGACCCCUUCCAGGCGGAGGACCCCUUCAAGUCUGACCCGUUUAAAGGCGCCGACCCCUUCAAAGGUGACCCCUUCCAGAAUGAUCCCUUCACAGAGCAGCAGACGGCAGCCACAGACCCAUUUGGAGGAGACCCUUUCAAAGAAAGCGACCCAUUCCACAGCUCCACCACUGAUGACUUCUUUAAGAAACAGACAAAGAACGACCCAUUUACCUCAGACCCCUUCACGAAGCACCCUUCCUUACCUCCGAAGCUCGACCCAUUUGAAUCCAGUGAUCCCUUCUCUUCCUCCAGCAUCUCCUCGAAAGGAUCAGAUCCCUUUGGGACCCUGGACCCCUUUGGAAGCAGCUCCUUCAGCAGUGCCGAGGGCUUCGCUGACUUCAGCCAGAUGUCAAAGCCCCCACCUUCUGGCCCCUUCUCCUCCUCCUUGGGAGGCACAGGAUUCUCAGAUGACCCCUUUAAAAGUAAACAGGACACUCCCGCUCUGCCUCCGAAGAAGCCCGCUCCUCCACGGCCCAAACCGCCCAGCGAAGCAGCAGCUGGACAGAAGGGCGCGGCUGUGUACACACUGCUGGGUGGUAAACAGUGGUGUAUUUUCUGCAACGGACGGAGAUGGAGAUCAGUCACAACUCACCGCUGAAGUUUCUAGGUAAAAGUUGUUGAUUUGCAAAGAGAGAAACAGAUUUUUUUUUAAGUGCAGGAAAUGGCUGUGUGGGCGUCAGUGAUUGGGCUGCCUGAGAUAGCGGGAUCCUGGCGGGCCCCACCCUGCCACUUCCUGCCAGCGCUGCCCCAGAGACACCCCUCACCAGCCAGUCACCUUUAACCUCUCCCCAAGUUAACGAUCAUCUUUAUUACUGCUCAUGACCUCCGUGCCACCCUGCAAGGUCAGGCGCCUAAGGAAAGGCGCUAAGGUCUUGCCAGCUUUUUGCUCUUUCCCACAAUGCCACCUACAGUGCACUUAUUUUAGUGAGCAGCCCUCAUCCGAGCCGCAUGAGAAUGGUCUGGCCCGCUGUGAGAUUGGAUGUCCCUUCCAAGGCAGACGACGCGUCCUCUCCACCCAUGUGAGAUCUAGGCACAGUGGCCUGAGUUCCUGUAGGUCACUGUGGUCUGCGGAAUACAGGCACAGGGAAUGUUCUAGGGCUGUAAGCAGUCCACUGCAGUGUGUUCUCAACCCUCCUGUGAGGUCCCAGGCCAAGGACAGAACCUGUGUAUCUGGACCCUGGUAUUGGCCAUGCUGUGCCCAAGCCUUUCGUUGCUGUGUAUUGGCAAAUGGCAUCGCCAUCUGAGCCUGUGGUUAGCACCUCUGCCCUGAAUGUAACUAGUUUAAUUCCGUUCCCACGAUGGUGGCAAAGAGAUAAUGCAGUGGGUACACUGGAGAGUUUAGAAUUGGGCACACUUGUUUCAUUUCAGGAAGAUUCUGGCAUUUGCUAGCCAGCCAGGAUGAGAAGAAGGCUCCCAACUAGCCCGAGACACCUAAACUGGUGGGGCACCAACACCCCAUCUUGCCCUCACUCAAGGCAGCCCUCAGGGUCUGUCCCAGAGCCUGGUGUAACCAGCCUACUGCAGAUGCUGGCUGAGGAGGUGCCCAUGUGCUGCAAGGGAGUCCAUGCUUCUCCAGCCGGUCUCAGUGACAUGGCAGCUCCCGUUCUGCAGAGUUAGCAGAGCAGUUUGAAAAUAGGCUUGUCCACUUCGGCACUCUCACCCAUCUGCACCCAGCAGGGCGGAUCCGGUAGGUGUCCUUGUAACCUGUAUGCAGUAACAUGUAAAUGCCCCCCAGGGGUGCCUCCCCAUCCAGACAGUGGGGGUCCUGAAAAGCCUGCAGGAUGUCAGCCUAGAGAAGUAGUCUUCCUUUCUGCCUGCAUCUGUGGCUGUGAGUGGGCAGGAACAACUAACUUCCCAGCCCUCACAGCUCACUAAAGGACUCAGGGAGGACUCCAGGUACAGCUUCCCCAGCCCUCUGGCGGGGUCAUUGUGGUCACUCACAGCUUGUCAGAAAGCUAAGUAAGGACCCUCCCCCAAGCUCUCCCUGGGCCCUUCCAUGGGUUCUGUGACCCUUUCCACCACAGGGCAUUCGCUCCCACUGCAGACGGACAGCACAGUCUGUGAUGACUUUGUUAAAUGUGCGUAUGCCUCUCCCUGCUGUUCUGGCUGUGUUGGCCCUUGUAGGAAAGAACAAAGAAGGCCUUGGCAGCCCCCCGUGGAUGUGCAGAGGGAGCACUUAGGGCUCCCCACGGUCUGGCUUCUCUGCAGAUAGCAUCUCCCUGCACGCCCACUGGAACCGAAGGGUCGUGUCAAAGACACUGAAAGAGCCAAUGCCUUUUCCGAGUGCGGGGGGCGGGGGGGGGGGGCUGGCAGUCUGUACAGCGAGAACUGACAGGUGUCAGGCAUGGUGGCGUGUGCUUAUGCACAUGGGGGCACGAGGUCCCACUGGGGCUGCAGAGUGAAACCCUGCCUCAGAAACACCAAAAACAAAUGACGGAACACAGGGCAGGUGGUGUGUAGCAAUUGGUAUCAGCCAGCCCCAGCCUGUUUUCUUCUGUAGGCUAAUGCUACCCCCUUCACAACCCUCGGGCUGUUAGAGAUCAGCCUUUGAGAAAACAACAGAAAAUUGUCUAUCUCACUAUAAAUCCACUUGUCGUUUGUGAACCCAAAGCAGGCGGCCACCCUUUCCGUGGUGGAGUGAGUGACACCAUGUCCAGCCGUCCUGCCAGCCCAGUCAUUCCCAUGACCCCUGCCCGCUGCACAGCAGACAAAAACAGCCCAAGCACAGGUGGGGAUGACAAAUAUUUGUUCAGCUUUUCUGCUCUGCUCAGACCCAGACCUCAUCCUGUCCCUCCAAUGCGCCAAGCAAGUCUUCUCAAAAUUUGGUAAAUAUUUUUGGUGGGAAAUGUCGGCACCAUGCUGUGAUCCGGGACCUCAGAUUUUAUCUCCUGGGUUACACUGCUGUGCUGUGCUAUGCUGUGAUCUGCCUGUGUGCAGGACUCCUGCCUGCAAGCCCGAAAUGGCCCGGGCACCAAGGCUGCCAGAGCGAGUCAGGAGGAAAACGGAGGUGCAAGCAGAAGAUCCUUUCAUGACAGUUGAAAGUUUGAGUCAGGCGAUCUGAUUUCUCUCUCCUCUGUCCCCACUUAGUCUUUGGUUUGCUGGUAAGCUGGGGCAGAGAGGGAUGAGGUCCCUGGUGAUGUUUGGUGUCCCUGCCUGGUGUAAUGUCCCUCACUAAUUCCCAUCAAAAGGGCUCGAGGAAGCCUGGCAGUGGGAACGACCAGUGCUGCGUAGGAUACAGGGCUGGUGGUGUGGUGCCGUGUUGGGUGCACAGUAGUGUGGGAGCUCCUGGGGUGCACAGGGUGAUGACGGGUGGGGCAGCUGCCCUGACCACAAACCUUUAGUCUUUGUUUUCUAGUUGUCUUUUUUAAGGGGUGUUUUUCCUGUAUUUAUCUCUCAUCUGCAGAACUGCGUUUUCUAAGUACAGCAAUGAAUUGUGUCAACAGAACUUAAGAGUUUGGCAGAGGCAAGCGCAUGCUGUCUCUUGGUUGCGCCCCCCCCCCUUUUUUUUUUACAGAAGGAAUUGUCACCCUGUAGCCCAGGCUGGCUUGCCUGGAACUCAUGUUCCCCCUGCCUCACAACCUUCAGAGUGCUGAGGUUAGAGGUGUACAUCAUUCCAUGUGUGUGUGCUGGUGAGAGUCAGGGCAUCCCACAUGCCAGGCAACUGGAGUGUGCUGACCCUGGGUGGGGCCUGGUGUUUGAUCUCUCCUAACUCAAUUUUCUAGGAACUCUACGCCCCAGACCUCUGACUGUCUCCCUGUACCGGCUCCUUGAAUUGAGAGUCAGCCCUCAUGGAGCUGGUUAUUGACAUCUUGGGAAUGGCUCGAGGGGUCCCUGAAAAGCGAGCUGAGAAAGGCAAAGGUGGUUCUCUUGUCUCUGUGUGCUGGGAGACACACAGCCUGGAAAAUUAAACUCUUACCAGGGUGGGGCUGGCCACUAAGUAACUUUUUUUUUUUUUUAGCAGAGUGUGCUGUGGUAAACCAUGGAGUUCGUGUUGUUUUUGCCGAAGUCAGUGCUGUGUGUGGUUUCGGUACACCGCUCGGGCGGCUGUUGAAACUGCUGUGGUUUCCACAUAAGGCCUACUGUGCCUCUUCAGUCCCCUCAGCUAGUGCAGCGGGCCGGGGGGUACGGGCCAGGGGUGCCAUGCCUGCUGUGGCAUCAAACUCAGAGAUCCCCCUACCUGAGUAUUCCAAUCACAGGUGUGUGCCACCGUACCUGACCAAACAAUUCUCAUUGUUGUUGCUAUUAAUGAUGCUUAGGGACUUCAUUU